AUGGGAAGAAUUAAGGUGGCGCUGGCGCUUUCUCUUGUGACGUCUUUUGCUACGGCCCAGAACGGCCCGGUCCAGAGCACCCAUCGAAAGUACACCCUUGACGAUAUUAUCCCCGCUACCGACCCAGCAUCUGGCCACGUCAAAUGCUGUCCACAAGGAACGGAGUUUGAUGGCCAGGCCUGUGUUCUCGGGACCUCGAUCUGCCCCAGUGGCAGUUCUCCCGAUGGUGAGACAUGCGUCUUCAAGACAAAGCCGUCCUGUGAUGAUGGAUACGAGUUCAGGGACGGGCUCUGCAUUACUGUGAAGCCUCCUACUUGUAGUAGCGGUACGAUCCUGAAGGGCAACCACUGUGUGAUCGAAGGACAAGCAUUAUGUGGCCCUGGAUAUCUGCUCCAAGGAAACGUUUGCGUAUCAUUGAAGCCACCUGUGUGCCCUAAUGGCGAGCGCUUCACCGGUAAUGGCUGCGCCUCUAUCAAAGGCCCAAAAUGUCAGGACGGAGCUAAAUUUGAUGGGGGUGUUUGUAUCGACACCCAACCUCCGACUUGUCCAAAGGGAACUUCUUUUGAUGCCGCUUCCCUACGCUGUAUAUCUGUGUCCUUGCCACGCUGUCCUGAGAACACCGUCUCUCAGAAAGACCAGUGUGUCUCAAUUUCCAAGCCCGCCUGUGGAGAUGGUGCUUUCUUCAAUUCCAAGACCCAAUCCUGCACCAUCAACGAACCGCCAAAGUGCCCUACCGGAACAGAGCUGGAUGACAAACAGUGCAUUUACAUCGGCUCGCUCGCUUGCCCAUCUGGCACAACUCAUUCAAUCGACAAGGCUCAUGGUACCGCUCGCUGCUGUCCGCUUGAAAUGAACUGGGAUGGGAACGUGUGUUUCACCAAGCCAUGCCCAGAAGGAUUCAAGCUAGACAACUCUCGUUGCGUCUGGCAAGCACCACCCGCGUGCCCUCAAAACUCUCGCUUUGGCGGUGGUCACUGCAUUAUUACCGCAAAGCCCCAGUGCCCUCAGAGCCUGGUAUUGAUUGGCUCCGAUUGUGUAGUUCGAGGACCGCCGUCUUGCCCUGAGCAGACAAAGCUCGAAGGAAACAAAUGCAUCAGCAUUGUCGCACCAUCUUGUGAUAAGUCUUCAAAGUGGGACGGUAGGCGUUGUGUUGUCAAUGGCGUCGCGUCCUGCGAAGACGGCAUCCACAAGGGUGAUGACUGCAUUACUGGAACACCUCCAACUUGCCAGGACGGUUCGACCUUUGAUGGUGCGCGAUGUGUCUCAAAAUCCACCCCUCAAUGCCGUCAGGGUACUAUUCUCAGUGAUGAUGGAUCAUGUCUUACCCUCACGCCUCCUCAAUGCCCCGUGAAUACGCACUUCCAGAAUGGCUACUGCGUUAAUGGUCUGCCGAUCUGCCCAGCAGGCCAGAGAUAUGCCAACGGACGCUGUGAGACUGCGGACUCUCCACAGUGCCCGCAGAACUUUCUCUGGAAAGGUGGGAAAUGCACUCGUAUUGUCGAGGAGCACUGUGAAACUGGAUUCACCCUGCAGGGUGGGCAAUGUGUCUCCAUUGCAACCCCCGAUUGUGGUGGAUUGAUUUUCAAUGGAAAGGCAUGUAUUGAUGGCAAGCCAAUCUGCCCUGAGGGUUCCUAUCUAGAUGGGGAGCGCUGCUCUUCUCUUAACGAGCCACAAUGCCCGGAAAACUUCAAAUUCGAUGGGAAAAAGUGCAUUGCCUUCCAAACUCCCAAGUGCCCAUCUGGAGCUGUUUUCGUUAAGGCCAGUGGGGACUGCGUCUCGAACAAGAAGCCCAUAUGUCCUUCAAAUCAGCGCUUCAACGGUGAGCAUUGUGCUAUAACUAGCGGUGAGUGUAUGGACUUCGAGUACUGCCCCUUUGAAUCGCAUGGGAAGGGAUGCCGCCGUACUCCCCUCGGAGUGGUAUGCGAUGGAAUUCCACCUCAGAGACAGCAGGGCCAAGUUGUCCAGGGAAAUCCGGAUCAGGGUAAUCUCCAAGGCCAAGGCAACAAUUCUGGAGGGAGCCAGCAGCCAAUUAUUGGUUCCAACACCGGCCCGUUCCAAGAGCGCCCUCAGGACCAAAUCGGCAAUAAUGGUAACCCGGGUCAGUGGGCUACACAGCCGAACAUUGUGCCCAAUUAUAGUGGUAACUGGAACGAACGCCCUCCAGUAGGAGGUGCUCAGCAACAACCUGGUGGCAACUGGAACGAACGUCCACCGGUGGGAGGUGCUCAGCAACAACCUGGUGGCAACUGGAACGAACGUCCACCGGUGGGAGGUGCUCAGCAACAACCUGGUGGCAACUGGAACGAACGUCCACCGGUGGGAGGUGCUCAACAACAACCUGGUGGUAACUGGAACGAACGUCCACCGGUGGGAGGUGCUCAGCAACAACCUGGUGGCAACUGGAACGAACGUCCACCGGUGGGAGGUGCUCAACAACAACCUGGUGGUAACUGGAACGAACGUCCACCGGUGGGAGGUGCUCAACAACGAUAUGGUGGUAACUGGAACGAACGUCCAGCUGCUGUGUGA